ACUACUACUACUCCAGCACAAUAAAACUAGGCCACCCACAAACACACCCGCACCCGCACACAGCCGCGGCGACAGACACCCAACGGCAUCAUCAUCAUCACCGCCACCGCCACUUCUUCUAGAUAGCUCCUGGUACCGCCGUGCCGUCAUUAGCCGCGGGAGCAGAGCCUGGACGAGUCCCAGAUCGGUCGGCAACGGGAGGCAUUCAGGUAGGCGGGCAGGCAGGAGUGGGAGCUAGCUUAAGCGCAGUGCGCCGGCAUGGGCGCCGGGAUUAGGAUCUUGGCGGCGGCGCUCCUGGCGCUCGCGGCCGUCGGCGGCGCGACGGCGCAGCUCCGGCAGGGCUACUACUCCGCCAGCUGCCCCAACGUGGAGGCCAUCGUGCAGGCCGCGGUCGCCCUCAAGGUCCAGCAGACGCCCGUCGCCGUCGGCGCCACCGUCCGCCUCUUCUUCCACGACUGCUUCGUCCAGGGAUGCGACGCGUCGGUCAUCAUCGUGUCGUCGGGGAACAACACGGCGGAGAAGGACCACGUGAGCAACCUCUCCCUCGCCGGCGACGGCUUCGACACCGUCAUCAAGGCCAAGGCGGCCGUGGAUACGCAGUGCCCCAGCCCCAACCUGGUGUCCUGCGCGGACAUCCUCACCAUGGCCACCCGGGACGUCAUCGGCCUGGCCGGCGGCCCGGCUUACCCCGUGGAGCUGGGGAGGCUGGACGGGCUGGUGUCGACGGCGAGCAACGUGGACGGGAACCUGCCGCCGCCGUCCUUCAACCUCGACCAGCUGACGGCCAUGUUCGCCGCCAACAACCUGUCCCAGGCCGACAUGAUUGCGCUCUCCGCGGCGCACACGGUGGGGUUCGCGCACUGCGGGACGUUCACGGGCCGGAUCCAGACGGCGGCGGUGGACCCGACGAUGGACCCCGGGUACGCGUCGCAGCUGCUGGCGGCGUGCCCGGCCGGGGUGGACCCCAACGUGGCGCUGGAGAUCGACCCGGUGACGCCGCACGCCUUCGACAACCAGUACUUCAUCAACCUGCAGAAGGGGAUGGGCCUGCUCACCUCCGACCAGGUCCUCUACGCCGACCUCCGGUCGCGCCCCACCGUCGACGCCUGGGCGGCCAACAGCUCCGACUUCCAGGCCGCCUUCGUCGCCGCCAUGACCAACCUCGGCCGCGUCGGGGUCAAGACGGACCCGGCGCUCGGCAACAUCCGCCGCGACUGCGCCGUGCUCAACAGCUGAUUGGUUGGUUAUUGCAUUCGCUGAAGCUGGAGACCAAGAUGCAGUACAACCUCGAUCGAUGCUUGGGGAUGUCAUCAACUGUUCAUAGUUAGCUGGGCCGCUCGAUGGGGUGGCGCUGAGAUUAUAAUACAAGUAGCUUUCAGGACACAAGUCUAGUUCUAAUCCAUCAGAAGGUUAAUGGUUGAGGAGUCUGUUGAGUUGAGCAUCAUCGAUUACCUAGAGUCGAAUCUAUUCAAUGUGUGUGUAAUAUUGGAGCGAGAUUUAUUCGAACAUUUUCUCUGAA